UGUUUAGCCCGCUAUUUGUGAAUUUAAUUUAAGCUUCCGAUUUGAUGAUGGAAAACGUCGAAAAUACAAAUAUAAAUUUAGCAUGGCUCACAAAUGCUGAUAUUGCAUUUAUAACAAAGAAAAUUUCGAAGGAACGAGUGUUCGGUAUAUGUGCUUACGCAGUGGAACACGGGCAGGUGACUGCCGGUGAAAUACUUAGUUUGUGGAUAAGCAAAUUAAGGAUUGUUUACAGUUUCGAAAACUUUUGCGAAGAAGAUUGGAGGCGGUUAACACUCUGCUGCCAAAAGAAUUUUGAAAAUAUUUCCAAUUUUGUGGAGGUAAACACCGAGCAUGAAAUUGAUGGGGCACUAAGUAAGUUGACUUCCUGGCUGAAAGCUUCGAAUACUUUUUUAGAGCGAGUCCAAAAAGAUGAGAAAAGUUUGCAUUUCAUUGGGAUAUGUUGUUUUCUGAAGUUUGUAUUGGACACAUCCCGAAGAUGUUGCACUAUUUUAAAAAACAAUUUCUCAAAUAUAGAUUGGAAGCCACUAAUAGAAAUAAUUAGUUCUGUACAUAUUUCUUCGCUGAAAUUGAUGUGGUACUGCUUGGAGAGCCGAGAAGAAAUCAGUUCAAUGGAUUACUGUGCUUUUAUCCCUUUUGUUAUUGCAUUGUGUGCAAAUACCACAGGAGGUUCCUUUAUAGAUAUCAAGAUUAAGGUGGAAACAUGGAAGUAUAUGGCAAAACUCACUUUAAGAUGUGCUGGAUAUAAAACAACUUUGAAUGAUUCGCAAUGGCCCAGGGUGCCAAUGAGCGCUUUAAUUGGAGAGGUGAAAAAUAAUAUACUGGCGACGUAUGAGAAGGUAAAUAAUAGGUGGAAUAACCAUACAAAAAUUUAAAAUGGGUGGGGUUUAGAAGCGCUCACAACUGUUUCGGGAUAUUCCGUCCAAAGGGGUCGCCCGAUCCAAAAAAAAUUCCACACAAUUGUAGUCAAGGGUCCACGCAUUAUGUAAACACUCACUUUUAUAAAUUUUGGUCACUAAUUUAUUUACAAAUUGGGUUUGAAAUA